CGGGGAAAGGUCUACUUUUGACUAUAUACCGCAAAAAUUCUAUAUCAUUCCGGUUGCACUCUUUUGUGAUUUUGAAACGAUACAGCGUUCGGUGCCCGUACUAAGGGGUUAGCCAUGGGUGAAGAUCGGAGGCUAAAAUUGGUAUACUGGUAUGUAAGUUGAUUUUACCUAAGCACGGACUUAACUGAGGUAUUGAUAAUUAGAAAGUUCACAAUUUCAAAAAUUUUGUCUGAAACUGUGUUUUUUCAAAUAUUUUUUAAAAGGGGUGAUAGGUUCACCGACACCACUUAUUUCUCACCGAGGAGGCUCUGAUAACUUCUUUUGAAAUUACUUAUCUGAGAAAGUUUUAAACUUUUUUACACGGAAUAACUUGGAAACUCUGGGGUUUCCUCGUUUAAAUUUUAAAUUAUGUAUUGCUUAUAAACUAGAUAAUAUUUACAAAUGGUAAUUUUUACGUAGCUCUUGUGAUAUAUAAAUAUGCGCAAAGUUUCAAAGCAAAUAUUAGCAUUAUCAUUGAUGAAAACUUUAGGUCAAUGUUUUCAACUGACCUUGUCGUUGAUAGACUUUCUAUAAUUUUUUCCCAGACACCAAACUAAGUUUGUUAUUUUCGUUUGGUACAAUACACAUGAAGUAAGUUGUGAGUAUAACUUUGGACGUUCACUUUCUCCAUUUAAUUUCAAUACGUAAACACUUAUCGAUUUUUUUCACGAUUCGUGUUUGAGUUUCGCUAACAAUUUUAACGUAUAUUUACAUAACUUGUACUUAAUAGUGUUGGUCAGUUUUAUUAUUCUAUAUUUUAUUGUGCAAAUAAUAAUUUAUAAUUCUUAUUAGAAUUCGAUAUGAAAGUACACAUAACGUUUCUUCAACAGAUAUCAAUUUGUUUAUAGGUACUCAUUUUAUAAUGUAUCAAUUUUAAAAGGCGAUAAUUACUUAUACCAACUACGAGUACACGUGCUUGUUGAAAAGUUGAAAGAAAAUAUCAAUUUGAUAUCGAAUGUGUGAGUCACAUUCUCAAAAAUGUUUCCACGCCUGAAAAAUGAAAACAGUACCAAUAUGUAGAUUAGAUAUGUACGAAUACAUCACGUGAUAGUGUUACAAAUACCUAAGCUGAAAUAUGAUUGAGUUUUACGUCGAGUACCUAACUAAACUUCAAUCUAGAAAUUCCUACUGGGUUUUUCUGCUGUUCGUGUUAAAAUUGGCGCCAUGAAAAGAAAACUGGUCCAUUUCGUGACCAUUCUGCUGCAUAAAAGUGGACUACAACUUGUGAAACAGAAAACUCCAUACCACCAGCACUGGAUACUGGUUGGUUUACUUUCAUAUUUUACAUGGGCUGGUACGUCUACCGUCAUUCUAUCAUUGGUCAGCGAAGAUAUCAGUAUUUACAGGUACAUCAAUCCCAUUCCAUACGUGAGUAUCGGUGUAAUAAUUUCCGGUGGUGUACUGAUCAUGGUCAAGCAUAAGGAGUACAUUAGCGAAAUGCUUCAUCAAAUAGACCAAAACGUGUUCGUGUACCCGGACGAAGACCUGUUGGAUAUGGAGUACGAAUGGUACUUGGAUGAGGGCAACUUGAUUAUCAUUAUGGUGGUGAUUUUUUGUAUACAGAUGGGAGAUUUGUUCAUUUUGUGUAUACCAGCUGUAUACGAGUUUUAUAACUAUGGUAGAAUACAUACCCUGAUUUAUCCCGGAUGGUCGCCUUGGUCGCUGGAAAGUAUCGGAUAUCAAUUGGCAACUAUGGUAGUGCAGUUUUUCGGCACUGCUUCUGGACUUUGGCUUAAUCAGAUGUUGGUGAUGCCGGUGCUGUUGGUGUUGUGCGAGUAUCUGAGGCAGUACAAGAGGCUGAAGAAAGCUAUUUCUUUGGUUUCGUAUCGGUCGAAGAUUGUUGGAGGUGAUUUCGACCAAAAUAUGAAGCGGAAUAUUGUUCAUUGCGUGGUGCAUAUGCAGAAGUUGCGCAAAACUUUCUACCUAUUCGAAGUCUGGUUUUCGAAGCUGUUCUCGUGCGAAUUGGCAGUCUGUGCUUUGUCUCUGGCAAUCGGUCUGUUUUUGACGACCAGUGCUGCAAGUUUAUCCAAAACGUACAAUCUUAUAGUCGUAGUGGUUUUCGUGAAUGUGAAUUUGUUGGCCAGAUGCUUGAUGGGGGAGAUUUUCUUCGAUCUGAACGAUGAAAUAGCUGGCGCAAUAUUUACGGAAAUCGAAUGGUAUAAUUUGAACAAAGAGCAACAAAAACUACUCAUAAUGUUUCAUCACAUGGCCUGCCAACCUUUGACGUUAUUCGGAUUUCAAAUUUUCGCCGUCACUCGCGUUAUGUUUGCGAAAAUCACCAGAGCUACGUAUUCGGUUUUCAAUGUUAUGAAGGCGUCCUUAAAUUGAUGAUCUGAAGUUAUUGGCUAAAUGAAGUUCCUUUUUCCUGCUUCUAUGAUUGUCAAGUUCACCAGCUAUCAUUUUGAAUAAAAGGGCAUCCCUGGGUAAGAUAGGUGAAAUGCCUGUAUCCUCGGAUUUUUCCUCACCCCAACCCCUUUGCUUACAAUAACGAGUAAACGUUUUUUUUUUCACGAGAAAAAAAUCAUACUUCAACGAGUUCAAUCUUGAUUGAGAAAGUUUAGGUUCGACAUUUUUUUUAGAGGAAAAAAUCCGAGGAUAGGGGCAUUUCACCCAUCUUACCCAGAGAUACACCUACCCUUUAUAUCUGAGUAUAUUUUAUUUAAAAUGUGUACCUAACGCAAUAACUGACAAUGUCGGGCUGAUUGAUGCUUGUG